CAGCGGAGAGCGGCGCAGCCUCGUGUGGGCAGCCGGGCCCGGUGGCAGAGGCGGCUGUGAGCGGGUGAUGGCUGCUACCGCUGAUGGCCGGGAGAAGGGCGGACGUUCUUUUUCAGAUGUUCUGUUGGGUUAAAGCCUUGUCCUGAUAGCAGCUCUGUUGUGUAGGAGUGCCGUUCUGGUAAAACCAGCGGCCGUGACCAGGUUCCCCGUGGUCCGUGGCCUCUCCCGUUGUCCUCCCGGUGUUCGUACCGGGCUGGGAGCGGGGCACGGCGGCGUCCAGGCUGGGGGUUUCAGGGGGGAGGUUUGCAUGGAUGAGAACUUGCUCCCUCUUUGGCUGGGUGAACCCUGUGAGCUGCCUUCUUCAUUUGGGAAAGAGCAGUGUUGUGUGUUAUGAAUAAAAAUCAUCUAUUUUUUUUAAGGUUGCAGAGUUAAAACAGGUUGGACCAGUGCUGUUAAGUUAGCUUCAUUGUUAAGAGUUCUUCAAUUACCUGUUAAUGGUUGGUGAUUAACCAUUGUCCCCCUGAUGCUUGCCAGGGAGGGACACCCCUGCAGGUACCAGGAGAAUGGGAGUGGCAUCAGAGCUGGUAUGCAGAUGAGAAAUGCAUUGCACCAAAUGUUGCAGUUUUCCAGAAAAAACCCUAAAAAUAACGAGCCAACAUAGAACUAGGGGACCUAGGUCAUGUCUAAGGAUGGGAGUGUAGUCCAGUGCCUGCUUGGAUCCUUUUUGCCUCUCACCCUAACCUCAAAAGAUGUUGACUAGAGAGACGACCCGAGGUGUUGGACUGAAAAGGAGGAAUCUGCUAAUCUCUGGUGAGGGUGGAAUCCCCAGCUCUGCCUGCAGACCAGCGGACAAAGCUGCAUCACCCUCCUCCUCCUCCGUGCCACUCCUGGGAGCACCUGCGGCGUGGGCAUGACAUUAAAAAGGAGAAAGAUCUCCUGCCCAUUUAUUUCAUUGUGAAGGUUACUUUUAAUCGAAAAGCUUUUGAAGAAAAGUUAAUGAUAUGCAGCAGAUGUUUAUAUAGUCCAGUAAGGGUUCAUACAUUGCUCUCUUUUAAAUCAUAGCUAUGAACAAAAAUGCUCUUCUGACUUCAUAAUAGCUCGUUGGAAGUAAAAAAUAAAUGUAAUGUGUUGUACACAGUUAGUAUGAAAGUCACUGUCGCUGCAUUUGCAAGAGCAGGGUGUGCAGUAAGUGUAUUUGUCACCUGGACAUAAUUCCAGCUGCCCAGUGGGACCAGCUUUGGCUGCAGUGCAGGAUUGCGAAUCUCAAAUGCAACUGUGUGAACCAACAGUAGUAAAUAACCUCCCUGCAAGCAGCAGGGGCAGGGGGUCGGUCUGCUUUGCAAGAUCCAGUGAGUGAGAUACAAGAAGUGUAAGCCACGAGAGCUCUGUGGACUUCAGGGAAGUAACAUUAUUUUAUAUCAUCUCAGGACGCUGUGUAUGAGAAGAGGAAAAGGAAAAGGCCACAUGGAUGCUCUCCCUGUUUCAGUUCCUACAAAGCAUCUGUUAAUAAUAAUGCAGAAGUGCAGAAGAUGGGAAGAGAGGGAGGCAAUGAACAGGUUCUUGCCAGAAGUGAGCCACACUCUCCCCUGAAUGUUUGCACAGAGUUGUUUUUACCAGGCAUCCUGGUGUCUCAAUAAAAAACUGUUCAUUUCUGCAGCAGGAGACUGAAGUGACCAGUAUGGCAAGCCAUGAAGCAGGAGAAGAGGACUUCAAGGUGCUAGUGAUGUUUCUUGCAAUAAUGAUGAGCUGGUCAUUUUCAAAAGCUGACAGUGAUCAACAUCACUAAAUAGACCAAGCAGGCCUGCUCCAUGGUGUGCCUGACCUCUGCAGCUGGGGCACAAGAGUGCCUUGGUUCAUUUCCAGAUCCAGACCUGCUUUUCUGCUGUAGUGAGACCUCUGAAGUGGUGACCCACAACUAAACAUUCAGGAUUUUGCUGUUAAUUUCCUUUUUUAUCUUCCGUUUACCUUUCUAAUUUCCAUAAGGUUGCUGUUCAUCCUAUGUUAUAGAAGAGCAAUUCAUUGAGACCCAAGCUGUGGGUGAGUGAUCUGUACCACACUAUGAAAAAACUUCCAAAUGAAGGAGUUAGGUUUGAUGGCCAGUGGUUCUGACAUAUCUAAUAAUAAAUCAGCAGCUGCACCAGUAAAGGACCUUCUAACUGUUAAUGUAAAAUCUUAAGAAUAUUGGGAAUUGCAAAUUUCCUGCCAUAAGAAAAUCAUAGAACUUGAAAGGAUGAUAUGAAGUUCUGUCAUCUAUGUCUGCUAUGUAUUGGUGAGGAAUAUGGUCAGGAAAAGAAAAGAACUUAACUUUAAAUGCAACACCAAGUAGAAUAAAGCUUACCAAAGAAAAUGAGAAUAUUCAAGUUAAAGUACAGCAAAUAUGGGAAGGUAAAACAUAAAAUAAUUACUACUUCUAUUUUCACUCUGUGACCAGACUUCUGUUAGGGUUUGCCAGCUAUGAAGCAGAAAGUGAUGAAGUUAGAAGCCAUGUAUUGAGCAUAGUCACUUCCACUGGAUAUAAUCCACAGAAUCAUUACUUUGAGCUUGGUUUAACUGGUUUCAGUGUUGGUUUUGGUCUUUUAUGAUUUUCCCAUUAAUUAUUUCUGUUUCUUAACUUCUCUGAGCUUUUUGCAAUGUGUGAAUGUUGCAUGUUGCCACUUUUGCUAAGCUUCUUUUCAUUUAGAAGCACAGAAAUGUCAUCAGGAAGUGCUCAGAUGAGUGAAUUGAUCCAGUAGCUUAGUCAGUAAAAGUUGCAUAACAUUCAUUCAUGUUCAUGCUUGUAAGUCAGCAGUGACUCACAGGUGAAACCACCACUGCAGAAUAUUGCAAAAAAUGCUGGAUAUUUUUGCAAUAUCCUUUCUGAAGCAGAUAUUAUAAUGUCAGAUGAGUAAUAUGAUAAGCCUACUGGAGUAGUCAAUGCUCAGAAAUCAGCAUUUUAUAUUUGCAGAAUCAUUACAAAAAGAUAUGAUGUUUGGGUACAAUUGAUAAUGUCUGCUGUUGAGCGGUUGGCAUGUUUGUGUGAGACUGCAAACUGAAUUUGGAAGUGGGAGUUCUGUCAGUUUUUCUUCUGCCUCUCAGCUGAGCCACUGCAAAGAACAAAAGAAAGUCUUGCAGACAGCAUCAUGAGGUGGUGAAAUUCUGUGUAUUUCUGGGUGGCUGUGCAUCCCAGUGGAGCCUCCGUAAGAAAAUGGCUGCUUUCCAUGGCAGAACAUUAUUUAUAAUCUGAAUCUGGACAUAAAGGUGAGAGUGUAAUGGAGAUUCAAGAGCAGUGAUUAUGUCAUGAGGCUGAUGAGAGCUUAGCAAAUUAUACACAAAAGCACCUCUGCUUAGCCUUUUUCUUUUAAGGAGAGUAUAAGCAUACUGCUGGUGGAGGAAAGCACAUGGAGGGACAGAAAUCUGGUUUGUUGCUGCUUGAUUCAAAGGUCAUCUAAAGAGAGGGAGUGAGAGACUGAAUGACACUGAACUAGAUUGCUCAGACACCUCUGAUGUUAGAGAGUUGUUGUAAGGUUGCUGAAAAAGUGGGCAAGUGCAUGUGGGUUGUUAUUAUAUCUAUAUGAGCCUGUAACUUGUGAUAUGUAAAGUAAAAGUAACUGGUUUUCAGCAGGUUCAUCUGAUCUGCAUAUUUGCUUUCCCUGAAGAUUGCCACUGAAGGAAUAAACUGUUAACCCAAAACGUCCACUUAACUGGGAGACUUGUACCCAUUUCCAGAGUCUGAAUGCAGAUGGGUCUGCAAGAUCCAACCUCUGCAAAAUUUGCUCCCCACUCUAGGAGUGCCCUGCAGAAACUAAAUCCAGCAGAGUUUGCAGUGUGUCCAAGAGUGUUACCCAGGUCUGGGGUAGGAACACAGUUUUUAAGUGGAUGUCCUUUUUAAAAAGAUUUAUCAGCACAGAUUUCAGCUUCACUGGCCUUUGUGCAGUAAAACUUCCUUUUAUUCCUGCCUUUAGUCUGCAUCUAGGUCACUAGCCCAGGUGUGUGGUGAGUCCAUCUAUCCACACAGCCUUCUGGGUAAGCUGUGCAAGUCAGUUCCCUCAGUUUUGUGUAAAAUAAGUGAAUCUGUCUCUUACUGAUUCCUUAAAGAGAGUGAGGCACCCAAGCCUGAAUUGCACUCCUCUGGAAAUCAUUACUCAAAUGUAGCUGGAGGCUGGGCAUGGGAUAAUGGCUGUUGACAAGGUUCAGUCAGCUUUAACUGGGUGUGAGUGAGUCCUUGUACUGGCUUUGCCUGAGAUGGGGUUAAUUUUCUUCACAGCAGCUGUGCAGUGCUGUGCUUUGGAUGUGUCACCAAGCAGUGCUGAUGCCACCCAGAUGUUUUAGCUACUGCUGAGCAGAGCUCACACAGUGUCCAGGCUCUCUCCAUUUCUCACUCUGCCCCUGCAGUGAGGAGGCUGGGGAUGGGCAAGAGCCUGGGAGGGGACACAGCCAGGACAGCUGCCCCCAGGUGAAUGAAGGCAUGUUCCAUACUCUACAUCAUGCUCAGCAGUGAGGCUAGGGUGAGUUUUCCAGGGGUUGCCAUUGCUUGGGAACUGGCUGGAUAUUGGUGUAGCUGCUGUUAAGUAAUUGCUUUUGUAUCACUGGUUUUUCUUUUUUGUUUGUUUUGGUUUGGUUUUUUCUUUCCCCCUCUCCUGAUUAAACUGUCCUUAUCUUGACACACAAGUUUUCUCACUUUUGCCCUUCCAGUUUUCUCCCUCAUCCCACUGUGGGGAGAGUUAGGGAGCACCUGUUGUGGGACUUGGUUUCCCACUGCUGUAUCCUCUCUAUGAAAACCAGUCCCUUUUCCUGGUUCUGCCUCCCCUGGGCAGUCCUGGUGCUCUGUUUCACCCGUUCCAACCCACAGCUUUUGGUGACUCCUGCUCUGCUGUGGAUUUCUUGGCAGCAAUGAGAGAUUUUCCUGAGUUGUUUUCUGGUUUUGGUGGUUUUUGGGGUUUUUUGUGUGUGUUUUUGGAGCCAGUUUUUUUUGUUUGUCAGUUCUUCUGCAGCCAAGAACUUUUAUUGCCUCUUCUGUGAAGAAGAUUUAGCCAGCAGAUAAUCCUGCUCCCAGAAACAGGGCCUGAGUGAGAAGAUAAGCCAGCCUUUCUCAUCUGUGAACACACACUGCUUGACUGCCUUAUUACUGUAAACUCUGUGAUUCAUUGUCUCCUAUGUAUUUAACAUAUGCAGUCUCUUAAAUGCAGUGUUUGUAUGAUUCCUUAUGAACAGAAACUGUUUAUGAAGCAGUGAUUUGCUUUUCUCUCCUCCUCUUGUUUCCUGCCCAUGUUUGACUAUUAUCCACUAUCAGCACAACACCUGUGUCUGGCCCAUGUCUCCUGCUCCACUGUGCUGGCAUUUCAUGACAGUGUUAUGACUUCAUCUUUACAAUAACCCUGAGACCCACAUACUGACACCUGAGUAUCAGCCCUAUAGAUGCCUAAAAUCCAGAUACUUUGCUUGCCAGUUAAAAUCCAGAUAAUUUGAAUUUCAAUUUCUAGCAAACAUAUUCAAAACCAGCACAAGACUACCCAAUAAUCCACAUGAUACAGGAAUGCAGCAAGCUUUUACCUAAAGAUAGCAAGUUUUGCCCCACACCACUCACUUUAUUCAUUUCCACAUUUUAAUGUUGGUUUCCUAAAAUACUUUUGGGGAGUGUCAUGGCAACCAGCACAACAAAUGAUUCCUCUUCUGCUGCCCCGAGAAACUAUCCUUCCCCCCUCACUGAUGGCUACCAGCUAAAUUAAGUAACGGGCAGAAGGCUGACAAAAAUCAGACAUUUGUUCCACCUUUCCAAGCCCCUGACUCACCCCCUCCUCUCACUGCAGGUAAGCCAAGCACCAGAUGCUCUCCCUCUUCUCUUAGCCAAGAGCCUGCUCUGGAUGGAGCAAACCUUCUUCCACUCCAGCACUCACACAACCAACCUUCUUCACUUGCCUCCGUGGAAAACUAAACCUCUUCUUGCUGUGUUCCACACCCAGCUCUUUAGGAGACAAAUGUUUUCCACUACCUUUCUCCUAUCUGUCUCUCAGGCUCACUUAGUCCCUGCUGAACAGGGAAAUAUCUGAGUCUCCUGUUUAUUUUAACAGCAAGAUCUGUAGCAGGUGGGACUUUCCCCCAGCCCACAACUACUACCAGCACUGCACUGCACUGCUUCCAACACCAGAAGUCCCAGGCUUGCUGGAAGACAACAGCCCUUGAAGAACUUUUCUGAAGAGCUUGAAAUCUCUGUUAUCAGAGAAUUAAACAGGCAUUAGCUGAUGGGUUACUUGUGGAUAAUCUAUAUACUAUGCAACAGAAUGCUGAAACUCCACUGUGCUAAUUGUUCCUCUUCUGUCUCUGACCCACAGCCCUGGGGUUUCCACCAGCUUGCUGGAAACAUGCAUUUCUGCAAAUACUUAAUCAGACCCAAAUUAAAUUGAGUUAUGGCAGGAGGGCAAGAGGGGUGUUAAAAAGAAAUUGGAGAAUUAAAGAAAGGUGACAUGGUGAGCCUAUUCUAGCAGGAAGCGAGAGAGAUGAGAUUCUUCUAGCAGUUUCCCCCCUGAAUACAAAACUGCAGGACUUCCCUAUUCUUAAUACUGCAUAAACCAUUCACAGGAAAUAUUUCCACAAGGUAAAUGCAGUCUUUGCUUAAGCAAAAUUUACAGUCAAGCUUUCAAAGCCUUCCCUCUCUUCAUUAUCAGAGCAUUUUAUUUACUACAUGGAACAUACUAAUUAAGAGUGUGAUGUUUUAUUGCUCAAAUCCUCUCCAAGACAUCCUCCAAAGGCUUUGUCUGUAAUUGUGCCAUUUACUUCCUACAGUGCAUUACAUCUCUGGAAAUGUACAGGAACAGUGUGUGUGCAGAAUACAAUGGACACUUUGUACAGCAUAGCUAAUCCUUUGGGUUACAAGCAGUGAGCUCCAGGGUUGGGAAAGGCCCCCUUGGAACCCUGUAUCCUUGCCCCAUGGUUCACUCAGAUUAAGAAUGCUUUUUGUGUUUUUAAUUAUGUCAUUCACUACUUACAUAAAGUCCUUCUAGUAAUCGCAACAAAAGAUGGUGCAUAGUCCAUAACAUAUAUGCUGUAUCCCCUGAAGACAGCUUUGAGAAAUUCAGAGAGGGUUUCCAAACCUAGGAUAGUAUUUGGACUAAGUAUCUCAAAGUGACUCUUUGCUGCUGCUAUUGUCUUUUACAUAGCCUUCUCCCCUCCCCCCUUGUUUCCUCCCUAUUUGAAUUUACUUGCCUUAGUUUUUCUUAUUAAACAUUUCUGUUCUCUGGAUGCUCUCUAUUUGAGUUGCACCCAUGCAGUGCAGCACCACCAACUCUACUCCCUGCCUCUGUGAGGACUCUAAAGUCCUGCUUCAGAAAAAUACUGUUGAUUUUGGUGGAUCUUAAGGACAGAAUUAGGCAGCCCUUACUCUUUGCAAACCAGGGACACUGGAGCACAGCUUCAAGGAAAUAGCCAGACCUGAGAGGUAAAAAGGCCUCACUGGUGGCAGCAGAAGACUUGGAAAGCAGAGCCCCAAUUAAGGUGAGCACUUGGUGAGCUCCUUCCUGCCCAAAGGAAACCACAGCUCACCUACCCUUUCACUAAGGGUCAGCUGCUGUGAACUGCCUCAUUGUGUUUGCUGCUUCCUCAUUUGCAGGGAAUGCCCCAACCCAAGGAAAAUCUGUUGUUUAGAGAUGAGCUAUAGAGUCAACACUAUCUUUGUGCAGCUACUUUUGAAAUAUACAGGCAUUUUCUUCACUUCUGUGGGUUCUGUGAGCUCCAGCUAGAAGGUGUGUGCUCUGAUUCACAGCACCACAAUGUACACAUUAACACUUUACACCCAAACAAUGGCAUCAAGUGUAUUAUUUAAUAUUUUCACUAUAUAAUCAGUAAAGCAUUUCCUUAUGUUAUUAAGUAUAAUCACAUUCCAAUCACAUUCCAAUCUGUAUGGGAUUAUUUCUAAAAGGUAUUGCAAGUUACAACAUUGAAACAAAAAGAAUGAAAAUAAAAUUUACCUUACUUAUUAAAUGAAGGUUUAUAAUUUACAAACAAGUGCUGUCAUAGCAUUAUACAAAUUACUGCAAGAAGUAAUUAAGCCUGCAUCCUUAUUUUGUCUGUACAAGAUUUCUGUUGCAAGCCUCAGCCUUCACAGUACACCUGAAAAAUAAGACAGUUAUGGGAGAAGGACACUUCCAAAGUCACUGAAUGAGAUUAUAUCAUGAUGUUAUUUCUCUUAUUCUGAGACACAGCAUGGCAGUUCUGCACUAGGGAAUAAAUACACUGUUAUCAGAAAGGCCCGGUUGGUUCCCCAAAAACCAUCCCACUCACUGAAGGCGUUUAUUAUUAAUUUUUUAAUAUCUAGGUUUCUUGGAAAAUGCAUGACAUCAUGUCCCUCACUCACUGUGCUUUGUUCAGCACUUAUGCUAUGCAAAAUCAUGAAAAACUUAAACAGUCAGCCGUGCCCCGUGACGUUUUGCUGUCACCACUGUGGAACAAGCAGUCCCUUGUUCUGGCUGUUGUUGACCACAGCCAUGGCUCAGAUGAGCCCUGGCGUGCUCAGCUGGACAGAGGAGCACUGGCAGCUGUGGGACAAACACACACAAUUAGGCAGCACCUGCCAUGCACAGCACUCACAAGCCUCAUUCAGAACACGAAGCUGCCCCCUGAUAGAUAAGGAGGCUACUAAAGACAGAGUAACUAUGCUGGAGAGAACACUACAAAUUAGACAAACAAGUGUUGCAUUGCCUGGGUAUUAUUAGUGAAGCCCAGUAUAGCCCAGUAAUUAAAUGCCAUGUUGCUAAGGGGAAAUCUCCUAUUCCUCCCAGGUACAGGCAGGACUAAGUGGAGAGAUGCUGUGGCUUCUGCUGCAGGUGUUCAGCAGAGAAGACAAGAGAGGGUUUGAGAAGAGCUACUCACAGAUUGCACCAAACAACCUAAGGUCUGGAUGGGAACACAGCCACAACCAAAGGGAACCUGGUUGAAUUUUGUGAAGACAGCAGGCUCAUCAUUCCAUUGUGUCUUCCAAUGAAGCAAGCUGAUUUUCUCCCUGAUGAGCUGAAGAAACAGGCUGUCCUGGUCAAUGAGGCCUGCCUUUUCUCUGAUGUUCAGACAUUUUUUGGGAAAUUGCCUUGGCAAGAAAAAUUGCAUCUCUCCUCCUCCUCUUCUCUCCCUGCAAAGAAUAUGCUAUUGUUUGUGAAAGCAGCACAACACAGCAGCCCUAAGAGUGAGAGCAGACUGGAAACCUCCCGCUGGGACAAGACAGCAACCCUCACAGCAGGACAAAGACAGAACCCUCAGAGGAAAAGAAGACCCAUUGCAAAAAGAAAAGAUGGUGGCUCUGUGCCAGUGUAUCUGCCAGACUCUGCUGUGACAUGAGCCCCACUGGAGGUGUUAUGAACACAGCGUGCUCUGGCUCCCUUCUGCUUGGAACACCCUGAACCUUCGCAGCAGAUGAGGAAGACAGCGACUUAAAAAUUCUUCUUUCCUAAUGAACCUUAAGAACAAAAGCACAGAGCUGGUUGCUGCAGCAGUGCUUUGAGGAUAUGUACUUUACAGAAGAAGCCAACUCUUCACCCGGGAGUCCCCAGUGACCUCCAGAGUGCUCAUUCUCAUGGGUCAGAAGGCUUGGAUAGAGAAGACUUUUUCUAAAAGAGAAUGCAUCUAUAUAAUUGCCAACAACAAAGACGUUACCAGGUGCUGCUGUGGCCAACUCAUUAACCAGCAUAUUCCACCUCCUCCAAGUAUAACAGCUAAUAAAAAUGAGGAAGAAACGAAGCAAGUGGAAGCUCAGCCAGAGAAAUGGUCUGUCAGUAAACACACCCAAGCAUACCCAACAGAUGCCUAUGGAAACCUGGAAUUCCAGGGAGGGGGACAUUCAAAUAAGGCCAUGUACAUCCGUGUGUCGUAUGACACCAAACCAGAUUCUCUGCUGCAUCUCAUGGUGAAAGACUGGCAACUGGAACUGCCCAAACUCUUAAUCUCUGUCCAUGGAGGCCUCCAGAACUUUGAAAUGCAACCAAAAUUAAAGCAAGUGUUUGGAAAAGGUCUGAUAAAGGCUGCCAUGACCACAGGAGCUUGGAUUUUCACUGGUGGUGUUAGUACAGGUGUCAUUCGUCAUGUGGGAGAUGCCUUGAAAGAUCAUUCUUCCAAAUCCAGAGGACGAAUAUGUGCCAUAGGAAUUGCACCGUGGGGCAUUGUAGAAAACAAGGAAGAUCUAAUAGGAAAAGAUGUAACACGAGUUUACCAAACAAUGUCAAACCCUUUAAGUAAGCUCUCUGUGCUCAACAGUUCCCACACCCACUUCAUUCUGGCAGACAACGGCACAUUAGGUAAAUAUGGAGCUGAAGUCAAGUUACGGCGUCAGUUGGAAAAACACAUUUCCCUCCAGAAGAUUAACACACGACUGGGGCAAGGUGUUCCUGUAGUUGGGCUCAUAGUGGAAGGAGGUCCCAACGUGAUCUCCAUUGUCUUGGAGUGCCUGAGGGAAGACCCCCCUCUCCCAGUGGUGAUCUGCGACGGCAGCGGGCGAGCGUCUGACAUUCUGUCAUUUGCACACAAGUAUUCAGAGGAAGGAGGGAUAAUAAAUGAAUCCCUUAGGGACCAGCUUCUAGUUACCAUCCAGAAAACCUUUAAUUACAACAGGAGUCAAGCUCAUCAGCUAUUUGUCAUUCUUAUGGAGUGCAUGAAAAAAAAAGAGCUUAUCACCGUGUUCCGCAUGGGCUCGGAAGGACAGCAUGACAUUGAGAUGUCCAUCCUCACUGCUCUCCUCAAGGGUACCAAUGCAUCUGCUCCAGACCAGCUCAGCCUGGCUUUGGCCUGGAAUCGUGUAGACAUUGCACGCAGCCAGAUCUUUGUCUUUGGACACCACUGGCCUCCUUUAGGAAGCCUUACAGCUGCUGAUGGUACAGCUCCUGAGAAGGAAAAGAAAUCUCCAGCACCUCAGACUAAAGCAGGCAGAGGGAAAGGAAAAGGGAAAAAAAAGGGAGGAAAAGCAAAAGAAGAACCAGAAGAAGAAACAGACCCAAGAAAGCUUGAACUCCUGAACUGGGUGAACUCCCUGGAGCAGGCUAUGCUGGAUGCACUGGUCCUGGAUCGAGUGGACUUUGUGAAACUGCUCAUUGAGAAUGGAGUGAACAUGCAGCACUUCCUGACUAUUCCUCGCCUGGAGGAGCUCUAUAAUACUAGACUGGGUCCGCCAAAUACGCUGCAUUUGCUGGUCAGGGAUGUGAAAAAGGGAAAUCUUCCACCAGACUAUCAUAUCAGUCUAAUAGAUAUUGGUCUUGUCCUGGAAUAUCUCAUGGGUGGAGCCUACCGCUGCAACUACACUCGGAAAAGCUUUCGGACCCUUUAUAAUAAUUUAUUUGGACCAAAAAGGCCAAAAGCUCUUAAGCUACUGGGAAUGGAGGAUGAUGAGCCUCCCACCAAAGGAAAGAAGAAAAAGAAGAAAAAGGAGGAAGAGAUUGAUAUUGAUGUGGAUGACCCAGAAGUCAGCCGCUUCCAGUACCCCUUUCAUGAGCUGAUGGUGUGGGCUGUGCUCAUGAAACGGCAGAAGAUGGCUCUGUUCCUUUGGCAACGAGGGGAGGAAUCCAUGGCCAAGGCACUUGUGGCUUGUAAACUCUACAAGUCUAUGGCCCAUGAGUCUUCAGAGAGUGAGCUGGUGGAUGACAUCUCUCAGGAUCUGGACAACAACUCAAAAGAUUUUGGCCAGCUGGCUGUUGAACUCUUGGAUCAGUCCUAUAAACAUGAUGAGCAGAUUGCCAUGAAGCUGCUGACAUAUGAACUGAAAAACUGGAGUAAUUCUACCUGCCUGAAGCUGGCUGUGGCAGCCAAACACAGGGACUUCAUUGCUCACACCUGCAGCCAGAUGCUCCUGACAGACAUGUGGAUGGGGCGGCUGCGCAUGCGGAAAAACCCCGGCCUUAAGGUUAUAAUGGGAAUUCUCUUUCCUCCCACCAUCCUUUUCCUGGAGUAUCGCAGUUAUGAUGACUAUUCCUACCAGACAUCAAAAGAAAAUGAGGAAGGCAAAGAAAAGGAGGAGGAAAAUGCGGAUGCAAAUGCAGAUACAGGCUCCCGAAAAGGGGAUGAAGAGAAUGGAAAGAAAAAACAACCGAGCCUUCCAAUUGGAACAAAGAUCUAUGAAUUCUAUAAUGCACCUAUUGUCAAAUUCUGGUUCUACACAAUCUCAUACCUUGGUUACUUGAUGUUAUUUAAUUACAUCAUCUUGGUGCGGAUGGAACGGUGGCCAUCAGUCCAGGAAUGGAUUGUCAUCUCCUACAUUGUGACUUUGGCUUUGGAGAAAGUCAGAGAGAUUCUAAUGUCAGAGCCUGGCAAGCUGAGCCAAAAAAUCAAAGUUUGGCUCCAGGAAUACUGGAAUAUUACUGACCUGGUGGCUAUUUCAGUAUUUAUCAUAGGAGCAAUUCUUCGCCUGCAGAACCAACCUUACAUGGGAUAUGGAAGAGUGAUUUACUGCGUAGAUAUCAUUUUCUGGUACAUUAGAGUACUAGACAUCUUUGGUGUGAACAAAUACCUGGGACCUUACGUCAUGAUGAUUGGAAAGAUGAUGAUUGACAUGCUGUACUUUGUGGUCAUCAUGCUUGUGGUUCUGAUGAGCUUUGGAGUGGCCCGCCAGGCGAUCCUGCACCCAGACGAGGAGCCCUCCUGGCGGCUGGCUCGCAACAUCUUCUACAUGCCCUACUGGAUGAUCUACGGAGAGGUGUUCGCUGACCAGAUAGACCGUAAGAGUAGAAUUCAUACUCCUUGUGGGGACAAUCUUUAUGAUGAUGAUGGUAAACGCCUCCCUCCGUGCAUCCCAGGGGCCUGGCUCACUCCUGCUAUUAUGGCCUGUUACCUUUUGGUAGCAAAUAUCCUGUUGGUAAACCUGCUGAUUGCUGUCUUCAACAAUACCUUCUUUGAGGUAAAAUCAAUAUCCAACCAAGUCUGGAAGUUCCAGCGGUACCAGCUGAUCAUGACAUUCCAUGACAGACCUGUCCUGCCACCACCAAUGAUUAUCUUCAGCCACAUCUACAUCAUCAUCAAGCGGAUCUGCUGCCGCUGCAGGAAGGGGGAUGGAGACCAGGACGAGCGGGACAGGGGACUGAAGUUAUUUCUGAAUGAUGAAGAGCUAAAAAAACUCUAUGAGUUUGAAGAGCAGUGUGUAGAAGAAUACUUCCAGGAGAAGGAGGAUGAGCAGCAGUCAUCUAAUGAUGAACGCAUCAGAGUUACCUCUGAAAGAGUUGAAAAUAUGUCGAUGAGGCUAGAAGAAGUGAAUGAAAGAGAACACUUUAUGAAAGCUUCUCUCCAGACAGUCGACCUGCGGCUCUCCCAGCUGGAGGAGCUCUCCGGUCGGAUGGUGAAUGCCCUGGAGAAGCUGGCGGGCGUCGACAAAUCCGAGCUGACGUACACGCGCUCGCGGGCCUCGUCAGAGUGUGAUGCUGCCUAUCUCCUGAGGCAGAGCAGUGUCAACAGCUCCGAUGGCUACAGCAUGUACAAAUACCACAUCAGCGGUGACGAGCUGACCUACGAUGACAGCACCACGCCUAUGUCACCAGCCAUGCGUCAAAAAGCCCACUCUAUUGGUACCAAAGAAGAUGGAGCAGACCCAAGGAUGCUGGUUCCAGAACACCAAACUGGACUCCAUAGCUCGAGUCCUAAUGCAGUUGCUACAGCAGAUCACAGUAAAUCUACGUUAGAAAUUGCACAGAAUGUUUCCAGAGCCCAUUCUGGUACAGGCAGUUUGGGGAGUGAAAAGCAGGGGGUUUUCAGUAGCGAUGGAAUGAUUCCUCAAAGUGUAAAUCAGAUGAAUGCUGUUACAAACAGUCAGUCAGUAGCAGGACCAGAUUUUCAGAACACUCAGUUAAAAGUAGCACGUACCAAGUUAGAAGCAACCAUCUCUUAUCCCUUGGACAAAUCCAAAGCAAUGCGCUAUUUUCCUCCUGAAACUUUCAGUGCUUGUCAAACCACUAUGAUGAAGUCAAGGAGCUUUAUUUUUGCACAAGGUGGAAAGCUGGUUGGAGGAGUUAACAACUGGACCUCGGAGUACAGUACCAUCAUGGAUCAGGUGUGUCCUUCUACAAUUGAACAGUGGGCCACGGAGUGGAAAUACGAAGUUGAGCAGCAGCUUUCUCAAGAGCGUCCUCCAGAAUACCCUGGGUUGAUCUCUGAAGCAGAAAGGCAAGCAGAGGAGAAGCAGAUGGACACAGAUGAUGAUUGUAAUGUUGGUGAAGCAGGUAUGAGUGCCUCUUACACCUCUAUGCCUGCCCCCGUCAAGGCUGAGAAGGAGAAUUUCCUGUCAGCAAAGCCCGAAAGGACUCCUGGGUUCCCAUCAGUGCGCUCCAAGAGUUUGCACAGCCAUUCCCGGAAAGCCAAGUCUGUGAAGGACAAAUUAAAUAGACCAGGACAUGCCAGCAGUGUAACUAAUUUGGUGGUAGCGUUUGGCAGUGCAACAGAAGAACAGAAAACCAGGCAAGAAAAUGCAUCCACAGAAACUGAAUGUUAAAGUGGCUUAUGGCCCCUGUUUUACCAACAGUUAAGAAAGCAGAGUGACUAAUUGAACAAAUUAGGGAUUUUCAAAUUAAUUUCUAAAGAAGAAUUGUGAAUAUCUGUAUUUCUCUUCUUUUAAACUUAAUAGAUACAUGUUCUGUUCUUAAAUAAAUGCUUGCUGGGUUGGGUGAAAGGGAGAUGUUUUCUCAGGGGCAGAUAAAAAGUAGGUACAGUCCACAGCUGCCAACUAUAUAGAUAUUCAUUUGUACCAAUUCAGUCUCCCUCAUAAGCUCAUUUACUGACAAGCUCAUUAUAAAAGCUCUUAGAGGAAGAGCAAUAUUAUAAUGUAAUAACUUUAUCAGAAGAUUUCUCAAACUGAACACAUUUUUAACCAGUCUUAGUCUUAUCCUUAUUUAUGCAGCUGGUUUCUUUGUAGCCAUGGUGUAUUUCAGAUCAAAACAAUAUUGUUGGAGGCAAGGAAAAAUUAUGCAGUCCCUCUUUCACUUCUGAUUUCAUGCAUGCUGCUUAGCUUCUCUUUCAGAAUGGCAUGACAUGGCAGUUCUCAUCCACUGAAAUAGGUCAGAGUGGCAAAAUACAGUUGUAUUUGGAGAAGUCUGACCUGGAAAGCCAUGUGUACACAUGUUCUUAAUCUGUCCUUGAACUUCAGUGGCAUAAUCUUGCUUUCAGGAUCACAUCUGUCCCCAACCCAAAACAUGCUGACAGCCUUAAACUGUUGCAAAACAGUGAUCAUUGUUUCAAAAUGUUUAGGGAGAUUCUAAUAAUAUCAAAUACAUGGAUAUUUUAAUAAUAGAAAUCCAAGAUGUACAUUAGUGUUUUGUAUAAAUGAGGAUUACAACUGAAGUCUCUGUAGACUUAGAAUAAGAUUCUGACUUCUCUUAGAUGCCUGCAAGGGAAAACAAAUCAAAACAGAACAGGAAAGGUGUUCUGAUCAGGUGAGAUCAAAAUAUAGCUGAUCUUUGUUUGAAACAAAUCUAGUGUGACAAAAAUUCAUCUUCCAUUUUGCAAUUUCAUUAUGACAUAUGAGGAACAAGUAACAGUUUCUAGGAGUCUGUCUAAACAAAAUAUAGAUUUUCCAGACCAGAGUAGAAAUUUUGUACAUUUUCUUGAGUAAAUUUCAAAAACAAAUGUCAAAGGAGAAAAAAGUCUCUGCAGCAAAAGCGUUUUGAGGACUAAGAGUGGAAAUCAACAUCUGUAGUUAGAUGUAUCCAGAGCACUUGUCUCUGCAGUGGUAUUCUAAGUACUAGGUUUUGAUAAUUUUCUUCAUAAUAGCAGGGUCUUACUUGGGUCAUUCUUCCCUGUUAAGUGUUAGGAACUUUGAUUUUCCAAAUAUUCAGCACUUCUCUUUGCAGGGGAUACUUACCACUGGGCAGACAAUUUUGAAAAUGAGUUAAAGGCAGAAUAUUGGUCAAAGGUUUAUGCUUAACUCAUUACCUGUCAGGACUCAUUCAUACACUAUUUUGAAAAGAUGUAAUUUCUUUUUUCACUCACUAUCAGCCCCACAGUGCAGGCCUCAAUUGGCAUUGUCCUCCUUGACAAUGAUGCUUACAGCAUUUUGAAAUGCAGAGGCUGCUGGAAGACUCUAUACCUGCAUUAAUGGUAUCUGAUUUGUAUUGUUUGCAUUGUAUUUUCAUACUCCAUCCAUACUUUUACCCUGAAGUACUGUUACCAGACUGAAUGAUCGUGGAAAGUGCACAGACAUUUCACAGAGUUCAGUCAUCAUUUCUUUUGGAUUUUUGCUAUCUUGGUUCUUACCAGCAGGUUUACUUGCUUCCCUGCUGUUGGAACAGUGUUGACAUUUUGCUUUUUAUGUGGGCUUCUCUUUUCUUCAACUUAGAGAACUUGACAUUUUGUAAAAACAGAAUGACAUUUGAAAUUGUUUCACUUCCAUGUUUACUUCUGUGUUACCAUUCUGUGCAACUACAUAGCCAUUGUGUAUAUGUGGUUAAAAUAGCCUCCAGUUUGCCAAUGCCUUUUUAUUGUUUGCCUGCACAUUCACCAGAAAUGGAUUCAUUAACAAACACAAAGGGAUGCAGCUUUUCAGCACUGUGCUAAACAAGCAGUAUGCAUUGAGGAAUGGAAUACAGUGUGUUGCAUACCUCUUGUUACAUUGUCUUUAUAAAAUGUGUGUUAAUCAUGCUUUUGACCACUUAACUUUUUUUAGCACUUACAUUGAAAAUUUAUUUGAUAGCAUGUAGAUUUCAAACAAAAAUAUUUUUCCUUUGUAUUUAUAUAUUUCCUUUGUGUAAAAAUAUUUAUAAAGAAACGUGAAAAAUAUGGUAAAUUAAUUCAAUAUACCAAUUUUUUCUCUAUAAUGUCAAAAUA